GAAUGUCAGGGAUUAAGCCUAAUAGGCUUCUGUUUUCUGUUGCCUUGGACAUCUCUAGUGCGAAUGUGAACCUUAAACUUCCUCACAGACCAUGGACAUAAUUCUUUACGUACUGGUUGUAGUUUUAAUUAAAACGGAAUCGUGUGAAAGCUUUUCUCGAUGUUUGAUUGGGUGCAGCUGUAUUGAUGACCGUCAUGGAAGGUCACUCAUAUGUAUGGAGGAAGGCGCCUUUGGAGCGAUACCUGAGAACCUUCCAGAAAAUCUGACCAAAAUACGUAUAGAAAAAUCCCACUUCACUGAAAUCCCCAGAGGUGCUUUUUCCAAAACCCCAGCAGUGGAGAACUUGUGGCUAAACUUUAACGAUAUUACAGUAAUAAACUCAAAGGGUCUGGAAGGUUUGGGGAAUCUAACGGAGCUUCGUCUGCAAGGGAACAAACUGCGAUCAGUACCAUGGACAGCGUUCGAGGACACACCGACGCUAAAAAUCCUGGACCUGAAACACAACCAGCUGGAUGUUCUCCCAGAGCAUGCCCUCAAAUUUCUACCGGGGCUCACAUAUUUAGAUUUAUCCUUCAACCGGUUAACUGUCAUAUCGAAGGAAGUUUUCCAGAACUGGCCUCUCUACCAGAAAAUGCAAAAAUACACGGAGGGGCGAGAAGCGACUGCAUCCAGGCCAAACGUCGUCCUGGCGCUGCACGACAACGCCUGGCUCUGCGACUGCCGCCUGAAGGGCUUAGUGGAGUUUAUUAUGUCCCUGAGUCCUCCAAUCAUACUGAUGAAUUCCUACUUGACCUGCUCAGGACCGGACUUUAGGACGGGGAAGUUCUUCCAUGAGAUCGAGAUUCAGGCAUGCACGAAACCCGUUGUCAGCACGCCGAAGGCGAAUAUGACCCUGCAUCAGGGAUCCAACGUCACCCUGCACUGUUACGCCAAGGCAAGGCCAGAUCCUGCUGUGUGGUGGACAUAUGGACUGAAGAUAAUCAGAGGUUUUCAUGAGUCCCAAGAAAGAGUGUCUGAUGACACCAUUAGAUCCCUCCUCGUUAUUCCAUCUCUCAGUGCAGCAGACCGUGGGGUCUACACCUGCACUGCUGUAAACUUCAUUGGGAACUCCUCUGUGAGUGUCUUCCUGGACGUCCACUCUGCUGACGGUGCUGUGUCAUCCAGAAUCCCAGGCAUUCCAGCUUCAUCGGGUGGUGCUGAUCAAAAUGUCUUCAUUGAUAUUCGCAUUGCCAAACAGACAGUGCGUGGAAUCUCUAUUGAAUGGUUCGCUGCCCUAGAACACCCAUCCGAAACAUGGUUUGUCAUCCACUUUGGUCGGGCAGAUGAUAAGAAAGAAAUGACCUACAUUGGGCCUGGGAUUCACUCUUACUCCAUCUCUGAUCUGAUGCCCGCCACCAAGUAUGAAAUCUGUGUAACUCUAAAGAACCAGAUACCGCGGCCUGGCCAGUGCAUUGUGUUUGUAACAGGAAGUGACAUCACUGAAAUGGAGCAGAGGGAGAAGCUAAUCCAUAUAGUGGUAAUAGUUUUAGCUAUGGUACUGGCCGUGCCUAUAGGCAUGUACGCCUGCACCACCGACACACGAUUUCCCUGUUUUGAGAUCAUUAUGGAAACCUGGAAGAGGCGACAGAGAGAGAGCAGCUUGCCUGGCAUGGAGCGGGAAAGACAGGGCACUUUUGACAGCCUACAGGCCGCCAGUGAUGAGGAGCUGGUCAAUAAAGAUUUCAAUGACGACAGAAAGGGUAAGGAGUUUGUUGCAAAGAUGUGAAAGAUGACUGUUGGGUCAAAAGGGUAUUUCAAGGAUUUGCAACAGUACAGACAACGUGCACAUAAUCAAAUUCUAUUUUGUGUAUGUUUUUCUGCUCAUCAUUUAUGUACUAGUUUAUUUUUGAUUUCACAUUUUGCUAUUUAAUAUACAUGUCAAUUUAAUGGAUUAAAAUGAAUAUGAAUUUUAUUGCAGGGUUAUGUUAUCUGGUGUCACAAUUUAAACAUAUAAGAAAGAAAAAGGUCAGCUUACACCACUGUAUUAAAUGAAAAUUCUGACUGAUGUGUGCAUGUUUUCUUCUCAUAUGAUAUAUUAUUUUUAUAUGAUUUUUCAUAGAGUAGCUAAAUUAAACAUCUGCCUUUGGUAUUGUGGACAUUUCUGGCUUUAGUUUUCCUUUUACCAAAGCAUUUCUGCAAUGUAUUUGUAGCGCUACCACGGACAUCUGCAUAAUACUGCUACCACCAUGUUUAAACUUGCCACAGUGUUCUUGGGUAAUAAAGUUUAACUUUGAGUUAUUUGAACCUAGCAGAUAGCUAGCAAUUCAAUCUUAAAAGAACAUUUGCAUUUAUCUCUGUACAUAUUGCCUGCUCAUAAAGGGUAUACUCACUUAAAACCAAGCUUUUUUCAAGAAACAUUUUGCAUUUGUCAAAAUAAUAAAUAAAUAAAUAAACCAAGCAUUGAA